UGAACCUCAGAGUGGGUACCCAGCUAAUACGUGGUAGAGCUGGGACUCGUCUACCAGGCACCAAAGUGUAGCCUCUUUGCCUCCUCAGAGUGGAGAAGAGGCUUGCCCCAGGUCACACAGCAUCAGCCAUAGGGCCAAACUGCAAAUGGGCACAAAGCAGGAGCUAGAGUUGCUGAAGGAGAGAGAAAAAAGCAGGGGCUGAGGCCAGAGCCCUGAGGCCCAGGGGGCUUUAGGGGGUAGGCCAAGGGAGAGGAGGCCUCAAAGGGCCCACAGAUGCCAACUUUGCCUGUCUCUCUAGGCAGCUUGGCUUUCUUGAGAGGAACCAGCUGCCCCAGCAGGGAGGCAGGAAGGCAAGAAGGCUGGCCUGUUGCCUGUCAGCUCCUAUUCCUUCUAGGUCACUAGCCCCCUAGCCCCUUCCAGGGCCACCUUCUGCUCAGAACAGCCAGGGGCCUGGGCUCUGAGGCCACAAAAGGACAGGAGCGCUCUGAGCUGGAUCUGUGGUACUCCUCAGGGGCCCUGCAUCCUUCAAGUCCUCCCAAUUAUCUCCUUUCUCCAGGCCCGCACAUAUGGAGGAGAGAUUAUUGUGAUAGGCAGGUGGGAACUCAGGGAACCUGGGUUCUACUCUGACUGGCUGUAUGAACUUUCUUCCCCUCUCCAUGCUCCAGUUCCCCAUCUGUGAAAUCAGGUGGCGGCAAUUUCCUUGAAAGAACAGCCUCUUGAUCAUGAAUGGUGUUUCUUCUGAUUUUUGUUUUUCUCUCCAGGAAGCAUUUCUGUUAGCCAGUCCAGAAAACAACAUAGAAGAGAGUGAGAGCUUAUUGCAGUGGUCAAGAAUAUUGGCCAGGGCCUCAUCUUGAUCUCCUAAAAUAAGUGAUGUGAACUUUACUUGAUCUGGAUCAUCCUAGCACAACAACCAAACAAUCUCUUUAACUGUGUGGAAGAUAAGAAUGUUUGUGAAAAGCUUCUAUAGAAAGGUUUCUGUAUUCACAGGACAGCAGUGUGGUAGAGGAAAAAGAUUCCAGAUUUGGGAAUAGCCAAACCAGGUCCUGAUCUUGCAGUUCUGCCACUUACUAUCUAUAGUACCUAUGCUGAAUUAUUUAUGGUCUAUCCAUCUCAAUUUUCUCUUCAGGAGAGUAAGGCUAGUGACACAUACUUGACAGGGUGCUUGGGGAGAUUCCAGGGGACAGGCACAUAAGGAGUCCAGCCUGGGGUUUGCCCCAGAGGAGUCACUGUGAGUUCUCAAAUCUGCUUCCUCUUACUAGGAGUUCCCAGCCCUCCUGGGAGAGCAGGGGAAGGAGCAAAGUUUCUCGUUGCAGUCUGGCCUACAGCCCAGCAGGCCUGGCCCCGCCUCCAUAAUUCCUCCUUCUAGGGAAGGACUGGGGAGGAGGGGGUGGUGAUAUGGUGGAGGCACCGCCCUGGCCAGGGGCCUGCCCCCGACAGGUCCGGACCAUGGAGCCCCCCAUGGAGACCCCCGGGAGGAGUAGCAGGUCCACAGCGUCUCAUAUUCUACACCAGUAUUGCUGUCCUACUCAGGUCCUUGACUCCAUGAAGCUUACCCCCUCAGGCAGGCUGGCAGAGAGCAGUGUGGAGGGUGAUGCCCCAGGCAGUGACCUGAGCACAGCGGUUGAUAGUCCUGGGAGCCAACCCCCCUACCGGCUGAGCCAGCUGCCCUCCACCGGCAGUCACAUGGGGGGCCCUCCAGCUGGGGUCAGCCUUCCUUGGGCUCAGCGGGCUCGCCUCCAGCCAGCCAGCGUCGCCCUGAGGAAGCAGGAGGAGGAGGAGAUAAAGCGUUCCAAGGCCCUGUCGGACAGCUAUGAACUUUCCACAGACCUGCAGGACAAGAAGGUGGAAAUGCUGGAGAGAAAGUAUGGGGGCUCCUUCCUGAGCCGCAGGGCUGCCAGGACCAUCCAGACGGCCUUCCGCCAGUACCGCAUGAAUAAGAAUUUUGAGCGUCUCCGCAGCUCCGCUUCAGAGAGCCGCAUGUCCCGCCGCAUCAUCCUCUCCAACAUGAGGAUGCAGUUCUCCUUUGAGGAGUAUGAGAAGGCCCAGAACCCCGCGUACUUCGAAGGCAAGCCUGCCUCGCUGGACGAGGGUGCCAUGGCUGGUGCCCGGAGCCACCGGCUUGAACGGGGGCUCCCCUAUGGAGGCUCCUGUGGAGGAGGUAUCGAUGGUGGGGGAAGCUCUGUCACCACAUCUGGAGAGUUUUCUAAUGACAUCACAGAGCUCGAGGACUCCUUCUCCAAACAGGUAAAGUCUCUGGCCGAAUCCAUCGAUGAGGCCCUAAACUGCCACCCAUCAGGGCCCAUGUCUGAGGAGCCAGGGUCAGCCCACCUGGAGAAGCGAGAGUCAAAGGAACAGCAAGAGGACAGCUCAGCCACCUCCUUCAGUGACCUUCCCCUCUACUUGGAUGACCCAGUGCCCCCACCAUCGCCUGAGCGACUGCCCAGCACAGAGCCCCCUCCCCAGGGCCGGCCCGAGUUCUGGGCACCGGCCCCUCUCCCGCCAGUUCCUCCACCAGUGCCACCAGGGACCCGGGAAGAUGGUGCCCGUGAGGAAGGCACUCGCAGGGGUCCUGGGUGCUUGGAGUGCCGGGAUUUCCGGCUGCGGGCUGCCCAUCUGCCCCUGCUUACCAUUGAGCCUCCUAGUGACAGCUCUGUGGACCUGAGUGACCGCUCAGAUCGCGGCUCUGUCCACCGCCAGCUGGUGUAUGAGGCUGAUGGCUGCAGCCCCCACGGGACCCUGAAGCACAAGGGGCCACCAGGCAGGGCCCCAAUUCCACACCGCCACUACCCAGCCCCAGAAGGCCCGGCCCCAGCCCCGCCAGGGCCCCUGCCACCAGCCCCCAACAGUGGCACUGGGCCCAGUGGUGUGGCUGGGGGUCGGAGGUUAGGCAAGUGUGAGGCAGCAGGCGAAAACUCUGAUGGUGGAGAGAACGAGAGCCUUGAGAGCUCCAGCAAUUCCAAUGAGACCAUCAACUGCAGCUCAGGCUCCUCUUCGCGGGAUAGCCUGAGGGAGCCCCCGGCCACUGGCCUGUGCAAGCAGACCUACCAGCGGGAGACAAGGCACAGCUGGGACUCGCCUGCCUUCAACAACGACGUGGUGCAGAGGCGGCACUACAGAAUUGGCCUCAACCUCUUCAAUAAGAAGCCAGAGAAGGGUAUCCAGUAUCUGAUUGAGCGGGGCUUCCUGUCAGACACACCAGUGGGAGUGGCUCACUUCAUCCUGGAGCGGAAAGGCCUGAGCCGGCAAAUGAUAGGGGAAUUCCUAGGGAACCGGCAGAAGCAGUUCAACAGAGAUGUGUUGGACUGUGUCGUAGAUGAGAUGGACUUUUCCUCUAUGGAUUUGGAUGAUGCACUCCGGAAGUUCCAAUCCCAUAUUCGGGUUCAGGGCGAGGCCCAGAAAGUGGAGCGACUCAUUGAAGCCUUCAGCCAGCGGUACUGUGUGUGUAACCCAGCCCUUGUGCGCCAAUUCCGGAACCCAGACACCAUCUUCAUCCUUGCUUUUGCCAUCAUUCUCCUCAACACUGACAUGUACAGUCCCAGUGUCAAGGCUGAACGCAAGAUGAAACUAGAUGACUUCAUCAAGAACCUGAGAGGGGUUGACAAUGGCGAAGACAUCCCCCGAGACCUCCUGGUGGGCAUCUACCAGCGCAUCCAGGGACGUGAACUGCGGACCAAUGAUGACCAUGUGUCCCAGGUGCAGGCUGUGGAGCGCAUGAUUGUAGGCAAAAAACCGGUCCUGUCUCUUCCUCACCGUCGGCUGGUUUGCUGCUGCCAGCUCUAUGAAGUGCCAGAUCCAAACCGCCCCCAGAGGCUAGGAUUGCAUCAGCGGGAGGUCUUCCUUUUCAAUGAUCUCCUUGUGGUCACUAAAAUUUUCCAGAAGAAGAAGAUCUUGGUGACAUACAGCUUCCGUCAGUCCUUUCCCCUCGUAGAAAUGCACAUGCAGCUCUUCCAGAAUUCAUAUUACCAGUUUGGGAUCAAGUUGCUGUCUGCAGUACCUGGUGGAGAGCGCAAAGUCCUCAUCAUCUUCAAUGCCCCCAGCCUCCAGGACCGGCUGCGCUUCACAUCUGACUUGCGGGAGUCCAUCGCCGAGGUGCAGGAGAUGGAGAAAUACCGCGUGGAGUCGGAGCUGGAGAAGCAGAAAGGUAUGAUGCGGCCUAACACCUCCCAGCCCGGAGGGGCCAAGGAGUCGGUGAAUGGCACGCUGGCCCGCAGCAGCCUGGAGGACACGUAUGGGGCAGGCGAUGGGCUCAAAAGGGGUGCACUCAGCAGUUCCCUGCGAGACCUCUCUGACGCAGGGAAGCGGGGGCGGCGUAACAGCGUGGGAUCGCUGGACAGCACCAUCGAAGGGUCUGUUAUUAGCAGUCCACGCCCUCACCAGAGGAUGCCACCUCCACCCCCACCCCUGCCGCCAGAGGAGUACAAGAGCCAGAGGCCCGUCUCCAACUCCUCAUCCUUCCUGGGCUCCCUAUUUGGAAGCAAGCGGGGCAAGGGGCCCUUCCAGAUGCCACCACUGCCAACAGGCCAGGCCUCUGCCUCCUCUUCAUCUGCUUCUUCCACCCACCACCACCACCACCACCACCACCACCAUGGUCACAGCCACGGGGGCCUGGGAGGGCUGCCUGAUGGGCAGUCCAAGCUCCAGGCCCUGCAUGCCCAGUAUUGCCAAGGACCAGGCCCUGCCCCACCACCCUACCUCCCACCACAGCAGCCCCCUCUCCCCCCACCACCUCAGCAACCCCCACCCCUGCCCCAGCUGGGCUCCAUUCCACCACCUCCCGCCUCAGCCCCACCUGUGGGGCCACAUCGCCACUUCCAUGCCCACGGCCCAGUCCCAGGCCCCCAGCACUAUACCUUGGGCCGGCCAGGCAGGGCCCCCAGACGGGGGGCUGGAGGACACCCUCAGUUUGCUCCACAUGGCCGCCACCCACUGCACCAGCCCACAUCCCCUUUGCCCCUGUACAGUCCUGCCCCCCAGCACCCUCCAGCCCACAAACAGGGCCCCAAGCACUUCAUCUUUAGCCACCACCCACAGAUGAUGGCAGCAGCAGGGGCGACUGGAGGCCCAGGAUCCCGGCCACCAGGGGGCUCCUACUCCCACCCCCACCACCCCCAGUCACCAUUGUCACCACACUCACCCAUCCCACCUCACCCCUCCUACCCACCCCUGCCCCCUCCCUCACCCCAUACUCCGCACUCGCCCCUGCCGCCCACCUCUCCCCAUGGCCCACUACACGCCUCUGGGCCCCCUGGCACAGCCAACCCGCCCACUGCAAACCCCAAGGCCAAGCCAAGCCGGAUCAGCACCGUGGUCUGAUGAAUAGAGUGAAUGAGCUGGGGUCCAGGGAGGUCUGGGGAAUCUACAGGAGGGGGGCCUUGCACCCUCUCUGCUUCCUCAGUUUUUUCAAAAUAUAUAUACACGUAGA